GGGAGGCAGUCAAGCGCUCGGUGUUCAUCACUAACAGCCGCACCGGUCACAAUACGACGCGUGGUGGGUCGCACCACAACUAUAAGACGAUGAGCAGCCAAGCCGACGAGGUCGCGCGCCUCAAAGCGGAGCUGGCAGCUCUGCAGCAGGAGACCGCAUCCCUCGAGAAGAAGCCGAAGAAGGACAAGCGCAAGAAGAAGGAGAAGAACAAGCGCAAAUCCACCGCGGACGACGAGGCCGCGAAGCUGCGCGCGGAGUUGGAGGCCGUCGACGCGGAGACCGCAGCGCUCACGGGCGCGCCGCCGCCCGAGAAGAAGCGCAAGAAGGAUAAGAAAGCGAAGAAGGCGAAGACAGAGCCCGCGCCGGCGGUACCGGCCGACACGGACGCGCCGCCCGCGAGGCGCGCCUACGUCGGCGGCCUGCCCUUCGACGCCACCGAAGAGUCGGUAUCAAACUACUUCUCGACGCUGUGCGGCGAUCUGGAGAAGGUCGAGAUUCAGUGUUUUGAGGACAAUCCCGAGCGGUGCUGCGGCAUUGCGUACGUCACUUUUGUCGAGCCGGACUCCCUCGAUAGAGCCUUGACGUUGGAUGGGGAAUCGUUCAAGGGCGACGGGCGGACGAUGAAGAUCCGGAGGGAUCGCACGGGCAACAAACCGCGGCGGCCGCCGCCGCCGCGCGUCGCGGGCUCGCUCACCGUCUACGUGGGCAACAUGCCCUGGGCCGCUUCCAAAGAAGAAGUGGAGGCGAUGCUCGCUGAUGCCGGAUGUGCUGUGUCGUCGAUGCGCUACCACACGGACGCCGAGACGGGCCAGUUCCGCGGCUUCGUCCACGCCGAACUCGCGGACGAGUCGUCGUUAUCAAAUGCGUUGGCUUUAGCAGGCACGCGGUGGCGCGGUCGGGAAUUGCGCGUGAGCCACUCGGAGACGGGGAAGAAGAGGAGCUAGAUCCCCUUCUGCCACGCGCUCAUCGAGGCGUUGGUGCGCGGACGGGC